GCUCCGCGCACCAGCUCACCUUGGCCAUGAGCAGCGCGGCCCGCCCGGACCCAGCGGAGGCGCCCGAGGAGCGGCAUUUCCUCAGCACUGCGGAGGCGGCCGCCCUGGAGCGCGAGUUACUGGAGGAUUACCGCUUUGGGCGGCAGCAGCUGGUGGAGUUGUGUGGCCAUGCUAGUGCUGUGGCUGUGACCAAGGUGUUCCCCUUGCCUACUCUCUCCCGGAAGCAGAGGACAGUGCUGGUCGUGUGUGGCCCGGAGCAGAACGGGGCCGUGGGGCUGGUCUGUGCACGGCACCUGCGGAUGUUUGAGUACGAACCGACCAUCUUCUACCCUACACGGUCACUGGAUGGGCUGCACCAGGACCUGACCACUCAGUGUGAGAAGAUGGACAUCCCUUUUCUGUCCUAUUUGCCCACGGAGGUCCAGCUCAUCAACGAUGCCUACGGGCUGGUGGUGGACGCCGUGCUGGGCCCUGGCGUGCAGCCAGGAGAGAUCGGGGGCCCCUGCACACGGGCGCUGGCCACACUCAAGCUGCUGUCCAUCCCCCUUGUGAGCCUGGACAUUCCCUCAGGCAUGCCAGGCUGGGACGCGGAGACCGGCGGCGGCGACACCGAAGAUGGGCUCCGGCCCGACGUGCUGGUAUCGCUCGCCGCGCCCAAGCCCUGUGCCGGCCGUUUCUCCGGCCGCCACCACUUCGUGGCCGGCAGGUUCGUGCCCGACGACGUGCGCCGAAAGUUCGCUCUGCGCCUGCCGGGAUACACGGGCACCGACUGCGUCGCGGCGCUGUGACCGCGCCCGCACCCAGGCGGCUUGGACCCGCGCCAAUAAACAGACGUCCCACCAC